UGACGUUUUGCGCAUGCUCACGUUGAGCCAGAGAGCUGUAAGGAAAAACUACAAGAGACGAAGGAAUAAACAACUCGAGUGGACGCGAAAACGCCAAGUUAGAGGAACGAAAGCAGCCCAGACUGUAACAUACUGUAUAGAGACAGAGCCAAGGUUAUCUCUGCAGUUCUCGCGGUGGUCUACUAUGGCAGUUGCCAGGGUCCUGCACUGCUGACCCAUUUAGUCCAAGUCAGCUGUACAAGUCAUGCUGUAAGUCUUUUCCACCCUGAUGUCGGCCAAAAUGGAAAGAACUGCUCUGCCCUAGUGGUUUCUAUGGUGCUAGGCAAGUCUUUGUGCAACAACAACAUGAAGAACACAGAAAGAGGACACAAUCGAAUCUGCUUCUGAGAAGAUACAUCGGUUUCCACUUGUGGUUUUGUUCUUUUCACUGAUUCACUGCAAGGUGCACUGGCUCACCUUUCACUCCAGUAGCUACCUCCCCUCCCCUUGCCACUCAUCUCGAGCAGCUGAGAGGUUGCUGUGGAGAUGAUAGUGGUGACAUAGCAGCAGGAAUGGGGAGUACUCCAUGUUCUGGUAAGGGGAGGGGGGUCGGGGGUUUUCAGGAGCUGGGCUGUAUGCCAUGGAAAGUCAGCAAGCAGAAAGGAGAAGUCGUCGGUGGACGUGGGUCCGAGCUGGAGGAUAGGCCUAAUGCUGGAACGCCCCCCACCUCGUCACAACCUCCUGCCAUUUAUCACGAAAAGCAGCAUCGGGAGCUGUGCGCUCUGCACGCCCUAAACAAUGUCUUCCAGGACGGAGCGGCAUUCAGCCGUGAUGCACUUCAGGACAUCUACCAGAGGCUCUCCCCUAGCACAUUGGUCACGCCCCACAAGAAAAACAUGCUGGGAAAUGGCAACUAUGAUGUGAACGUCAUCAUGGCUGCAUUGCAGACUCGUGGGUUUGAGGCUGUUUGGUGGGACAAGAGAAGGGAUGUCGGCAGCAUUGCACUGCCGAACGUCACUGGAUUCAUCUUGAAUGUGCCAUCCAAUCUGCGCUGGGGGCCGUUGCGACUGCCCCUCAAGCGGCAACACUGGAUUGGAGUUCGAGAAGUGGGAGGAGUCUACUAUAACUUGGACUCCAAACUUCGCAGUCCUCAUGCUAUCGGAACAGCUGAUGAACUGAGCUAUCGUUCUGAUCAUUUUACAGGAAGUUCUUGCGUCACCAGCUUCGAGGGAAGAACUGUGAACUCCUAUUGGUUGUGCCAGAGGAGGUGGAAGUCCACCAGAUGUGGAGGUCUGAUAACUGAUGAAUGUUUUGGAUCGUUUUUAGUUUGUUUGUUUUGUUUUGGAGGUUUCUCAAAUUCAUGCUCAGGAGGGAAAUGUGAGGUUCAAUCAGGAGGGACCCAUUUAAAGAGCAAAUAGAGUUGCACUCAACUAGUCAUAAAAGCACACUGCUCAGAAUUUGUUUGCACACACACACACACACCGCUGGACUCUUGCCAUGGAGACUGAAGCAGCAAAGGACACACAGGGAUAUCACAAGACAACUAAACACUACGCAGAGAAUUUUGUUUGGUAUUUGGGAUUCUGAUGCAUUUUUUAUACAUUGAUUAUUUAUUUUACUUUGUACUGUUUUCUGACUUGAAAGUAAGAGGUUAUGGAAUUCUUAGUGAUGUGUUCUCCUUGUGCAUCACCUGUCAUCCUCACCACUUCUCUCUUUUCAUGUGAUUUCCUGUGCAUCCAUGUGAUUGUCUGAACUGUCCGCCACACCAGUAGCCCCUGCUUAACCGUUUCCUACAUAUUUAAUGGCAUAGUGAGAGAUGAGAUGUUUCCUGUGUAUCACAGUACAGCAUGGCACCACAGUAAUUGGAUGUUUUGUGUUAGUUUCCUAUAACAUAUGUUACCAAAAUGGUCACUUGUUAAUCUCUUACCUUAAAUGGUUGCUCUCGACACUCUUUCUUGU